AUGGAUAUAAAGACCUUGCUGGACAAUCUUCAUGAUGAAGUAUCCUGUUCAUUGUGCAAGUGCGCAUUCACUGAUCCUAAACAGUUGCCUUGUUUGCACAGUUUCUGUCUUCAUUGCCUGAACGGAAUUCAACAAACGAGCGGCGUCCAUGGCAAAAUUACAUGCCCCGAGUGCAGGAGACAGUUUCAAAUCCCUGGAAGUGGAAAUCCCAGCGAACUUCCCACUAAUUUUCGUAUCAACAGUUUGCUAGAUGUCUUGGCAAUAAAAGAAUGCAAUACAACUAACGUGAAAUGUGGAAACUGCGACAAACGGAGCGCCCAGACCUUAUAUUGCUUCCAGUGUUGUUCUUUCUGGUGCGAGGAAUGUAUCUUAGGACAUAACAUGAUACGCAUCAAUAAAGAACACAGAACGCUGGCACUGAAAGCUUUUCAAGAUCAAGACAUCGAGGCCGUGUUAAAGAGACCGGCAUUUUGUCAGAAGAAACGACAUGAAAAAGAAGAGUUGAAAUUCUUUUGCAAGGACUGUGAGGUCGCCCUUUGCAACACUUGUGCUGUAACACUCCAUGAAGGUCACGGAAAGAUGCGUUUGGAAGAAGCUGCAGAAGCGUGCAAGACUCAGAUCAAAUCCAUGACUCAAUCUUUAAAAGAAAAAGUACAAGAAAAACGAAAAGAACUCGAGCAAUUGAACCAAAAGAGCGCGGAGAUUAAACUGCAAGCAGCCUACUUUAAAAGCCAAGUGCAGACGAAUGUAGAUCAGGUUAUUGCAAUCAUCGAAGCGUGGAAACAGGAUGUUUUUAAUGCAGUCGAUUUUCAAGCGAAAAAUAUCACCGGAAUCUCUCUCACAGAAAAAAGACCAAGUUGA